UGGCCAAGAGGACAGGAGAAAAAGAGUGGAGGUGGGCCUUGCCAUCUGGGUACCUUGUUCUACCCAUUCUUUCUGCCCUGGGGGCAGGAGGAAUCCUGUGUGUUCUACUUGCCUGCCCCUUUAGGCUGCCCAUUUGACUGUCCCUGGGGACUAGAAGUGUUCUAGUUCAGGCACAGAAAGCUCAGAGUGGUCAGUACCUCAACCAGCACCUGGGGGUGGGACUUGUUUAAGAAUAUCAAAAGCUGAAAAGCCCUGAGGGGAAGAGCAGCCUUGGGGACAGGCCUCCUGGGUUUACCUGGAAAUUUCAGAUUAUGGGCAUGGGACUAGUAAGGUGGUUGUUUAGGCCUAAGCAUCGGGCCUGCCAGAGAAGGACCUUCAGGCUACUCUGUAAGAGCUUAUCUAGGAGGGGCCUGAACACUCACUCAUUCUGCACAGAGUUGGGCAGAGUGGGGCGGUAGAGCCCUGGGAGGCCCGCCCCUUGAAUACAUCUCACAGGGCCUCAGCUGUCAGGAUAGUGUGCACAUCUGGGCAGCUGGUGGGAGCAUGAACGCCUCACAGGUGGGAGCUGUGGCCAAGGCUGCCUGGCUGAGCUGCUGUAACCAGUCUGGGUUGCCAUUCCGGCCACCGGAGGGGACACGGAUGGUGCAGGCGGUAGUGCUGGGUGUGCUGUCGCUUCUGGUGCUCUGUGGGAUCCUGUUCCUGGGUGGUGGACUCCUCCUCCGAGCUCAGGGUCUGAUAGCACCACUGGCUCGGGAAAGGCAGGCAUCCCAUGAGGCUGAGCCUGGUGCCUGUGGAGGGAAUGACUCCUAG